ACUUCCCCUCCUGGCUGUGAAGUAUGCAACAUUCAAGUCUUUAUCAGAACGCAGAGGAAAAAAAACACCCACAAUUUGUCCUCGUGUUUGCUGGCUGCUUAAGGAGCCCAGUUGUCAGUGUCGAGCCUGUGUUGCCAUGGCCGUGUGGGGCAGGAGCCCGUUCCUGGUGGUGAUUCCUCUGUGGAUGAGUUUUGGGAGAGCCGCUGCUCUUGCAGAGCCACAGAUCUGCUACGUGCUGGAUGGUAUCCUGUUUUUGUACGGCAUCAUACUGACAGCUCUGUACUGCCGAAUUAAGAUCUACAAUGCUAAAGGGGCUGAAGCUGGGAAAGCAAAGGCCAAGCAGAAUGUUGAAGAAGGCAUUUAUACGGGUUUGACUCCUCACGCCCAGGACACAUAUGAAACUAUUGGCAUGAAGAAGUGACGUGAUGAGCGAGAGUCAGAGACUGUUUUCUUUUUCUCCCCCUUUGUAUUUAAAUAUAGCAUUUCUUUUCCUGCAUAUUAUGUUUUGAGAGAAUGUGAGACUCUCAGCAUCUGUGUUAAUUUCCCCUUUGUAUAAUUUAUGGCAAGUUAAAAAGGACAAGACCAAAACAAGACAGAAAAAAGGGAAGGUGAGCCCAAGGUGGACAAUUCUCAAAAAUGCUUACCCUUGUAGUUAUGAGGCAUUUCUACUGCUCUAUAGCGUAUAUUUAAUUGUCAUGCGUACAUAUUUUGAUAACUGUGAUGCUUCAGCGGGUGAAAAAAAUAUUUUUCUCAUGUAUAGCUGUUACACUCAAAGC